AGAACUCUGCCUUUCGGCCCUCAGCGUGUGUCAGGCGGUGUCUCUGCACCGAAGGUCCCCUCGGAUCAUCCGGAGUGGCGUUUGUAGUCGGAACAGUGAGAAUGAGUACCUCACAGGACCAGAAUGGCUUCAGUAAGAGAGAACCCCUUCUGAGGUGUCGUGAUGCACAGAGGGACUUGGAGCUUACCAUUGGUGGAGUUCUCCGGGCUGAACAGCAAAUUAAACAUAACUUGCGAGAGAUCAAAGCCCAGAUUCACAGCUGCAUAAGCCGUCACUUGGAAUGCCUUCGAAGCUGGGAGGUGUGGUUGUAUGAACAGGUAGAUCUCAUCUAUCAGCUUAAAGAGGAGACACUUCAGCAGCAGGCCCAGCAGCUCUACUGGUUACUGGGCCAGUUCAAUUGUCUUAUUCAUCAACUGGAGUGCACCCAAAACAAAGAUUUAGCCAAUCAAGUGUCCGUGUGCCUGGAGAGACUGGGCAAUCUGACCCUCAUACCUGAAGAUUCGACUGUCCUACUCUUUGAAGCAGACACAACUGCUCUGCGCCAGGCCAUCACCACGUUUGGGUCCCUCAAGACCAUCCAAAUUCCUGAGAAGUUGAUGGCUCAUGCUAGCUCAUCAAAUAUUGGGCUCAUGGAGAAAAGAGGGUUUAUGCCAUUGCUAGAGCAGAAGUCAGCAUCCAGCACCACAGCUGUCCCUCUCAGUGAAUGGCUCCUUAGAAGCAACCCGAUCAAUGGUCAUUCAGCUCCUUACACACCCAGCACCAAUCUCCAGGACUGGCUCACCCAAGAGCAGACCUUUGAGAAUAGUCAGACUUCCUCCAGAACCUGCAGUGUCUUUAGUAAUGUCUGGGGCAACCUAAAGGGCUUGGAAAACUGGCUCCACAAGAGCCAACAAGAAGUUGUUCCUGAAAAACCAAAUUAUGAAAAGGGUAGCAGCUGUUCUACCACCAGUUCAUGCUCCAUUGAUACUGAAAAGGUUGAAGAUCCAGAGCUUCUUGAUCAAGAUGAGAUGAGUCUUUCUGAUUGGCUGUUGACUGACCAGGACUCUCCAAAGCUGGAGAUGCCUGGGAAUGGCAGCUGUGAAACCAGUGAGAAGUUUAAGCGCCUGUUCCAGGUGUUCCAUGAGUCCUACAAUGUGAAUGAUUGGCUUGUCAAGUCCGAUUCCUAUACCAAUUGUCAGGGCAACCAGCCCAAAGGUGUGGAGAUUGAAAACCUGGGAAAUCUGAAGUGCCUGAAUGACCACAGUGAGGCCAAGAAACCCUUGUCCACUCCCAGCAUGGUUAUUGAGGAUUGGCUUGUCCGGAACCAUCAGGACCCAUAUAAAGUAGAGGUCUGCAAAGCCAAUGAGCCCUGUACAAGCUUUGCAGAGUGUGUGUGUGAUGAAAAUUGUGAGAAGGAAGCCAUGUCUAAGUGGCCGCUGGAGAAAGAAGGAAAGGAUAAAAAUGGUAUGCCUGUGGAACCAAAAUUUGAAUCAGAGAAGCAUCCAGAUUCCCUGAAUAUGUGGCUCUGUCCUUCCAGGAAAGAGGCAGCAGAACAAGCUAAACUAUCAAAGGCAAUGACUGCUUCCAAAAUUGCUGAUUCCUUCAAAAUGAUAAGGAACAGUUCCUUGUCAGAGUGGCUCAUCACACCCUCAUGCAAAGAAGCACAUCCCAAAGACAGAGCUGGCAAACAAAAGCUUAUGAGUCCGGUGGCCACUUCCUGGUGUCCCUUUAAUACAGCUGGCUGGGUCUCUCCAGGAAAGAAGACGGGAAACCUCAGCCAGUUAUCCUCAGGAGAAGACAAGUGGCUCCUACGAAAGAAGGCCAAGGAAGUAUUACUUAAUUCACCCCUGCAGGAGGAACAUAUUCCCCCAGACCAUAACUGUGCCCUCCCAGCAGUUUGUGAUCUCUUUGCCUGUACGCAGCUUAAAGUUGACAGAGAAAAGUGGCUGUAUCGGACUCCUCUACAGAUGUGAAGGAAUGGAGUACUAGAAUCAAGCAACUUUUCUGCAAAUCAUCACCUUUCCAUGAGCCGAGUGACCGGAGCUUGCCAAAUCGUUGUGUUUCUGGGUGUGACCAGCUAGUUUAGCUCCUUUCCUGACUAAUUUUGAACUAGUGAAGAGAAAUUUCAUCACUUAUGAAUUACUGUGUAAAAGAAAAAGGCUGUUUGUUGAUGCUGAGGUAAUUCAGUUUCUUCUUACAAUUCACCCCUACACUAGAAAGAAACACAGUAUCUUGGUGGAUAUUUCUUACACAAGUCUCCAUGGCUCCUUAGAUUGUGUUGUUGUUAGAAUAUUAAAACUGUAGUUUUAAAAACGAAAAA